ACCAUUGUUAGAGGAAAUAAACCUUGCAAGGAUGCUUCAAUCAAUGGCUUGCUGGAAGAAUUUGACAAUAUCUCCGUGACCCGUUCCAACUCACUUCGGAAGGAGAGCCCUCCCACGCCUCACCUGAGACCUUCAAACCAUAUAGAAAUCCACCAGCAAGAAAAUGGCUUUGUCACCUAUUCUCAGUAUUCAAGUGAGUCAGAAACAGGGGCUGAUUUCCUUGCUGAAAAAUACAGAGACAAACACCUUCGUGGGGAGGAAGCAGACAGAUACUCCCAAAGUAGCUGUGCUCCAAAGCAGAACGGACACGUGGCAAAACCGAAACCCAGUGAGAUGUAUUUUUCUGAAGCCAAGCCUCUGAAGUCUGACAUCUCUAGGUUCCUACCAGAUUAUCACACUCCCUUGGAAACAAAAAGUAAGCUGAACGAAUAUGGUGGCCUGAAACUGGAAUAUCAGAGGACACCUAGUCACUCUUCUCUGGAUUACAAAGAGCCCUUUCAUUACACUCUCUCUAGAACUUCUCUUCACAGUCAGUGCUCCAGAGAGAGACUAGAAUACAGUGACAGUGAGUGGUCCAAGGAUGAUUAUGACAAAAGACCAAAAUCAUCCUAUGUGAACCAGUCAAGUCCUCAACCAGCCAUGAGACAAAGGUCACGGUCAGGGUCUGGCCUCCAAGAGCCAAUCAUGCCCUAUGGAGCAAGUGCUUUUAAGUCCAGUCAGCAAGGAUAUUCGUAUAGUUCCUACACCUACCCUCGGUUGUCGGAAACAGCAGCAGGUGUUCCAAAGCUGGAUUAUGAUCGAGCACAGAUGGUAGUAAGUCCACCCCUCUCUGGAUCAGACACUUAUCCGCGAGGCCCAACAAAGCUACCUCAGAGUCAGUGCAAAGCCACUUAUUCAGGCAGUGGCUAUCAGUACUCAGCCAUCUAUCACAAAUUCUCUCACUUUAACCACCAGCCUUCUCUGCAGCCGAGCUCACAUUAUACUUCCACAGCUUCUUACCCAAGCUCCCCCAGCAUCACUUCAAGUACUUAUCCUCCACCAAGUUGGGGAUCAUCCUCAGAUCAGCAACCGUCAAGAGUAUCACACGAGCAGUUCCGAGCAGCUUUGCAACUGGUGGUGAGCCCUGGGGAUCCUCGAGAAUACUUGGACAACUUUAUCAAAAUUGGGGAAGGCUCCACUGGUAUUGUUUGCAUCGCCACAGAGAAGCAUACUGGGAGGCAAGUGGCUGUGAAAAAGAUGGAUCUCAGGAAACAGCAGAGAAGGGAAUUGCUCUUCAAUGAGGUUGUUAUCAUGAGAGACUAUCACCAUGAAAAUGUGGUCGACAUGUACAACAGUUACCUGGUGGGAGAUGAGCUGUGGGUUGUGAUGGAGUUUCUGGAAGGUGGUGCUUUGACAGAUAUAGUGACUCACACACGAAUGAAUGAAGAACAGAUUGCUACUGUGUGUCUGUCUGUCCUAAGAGCAUUGUCCUACCUUCACAAUCAAGGAGUUAUUCACAGGGAUAUAAAGAGUGACUCUAUACUCCUCACUAGUGAUGGGCGAAUAAAACUGUCAGAUUUUGGAUUCUGUGCCCAAGUUUCAAAAGAUGUUCCAAAAAGGAAAUCGCUUGUUGGAACCCCAUAUUGGAUGGCACCUGAAGUGAUUUCAAGACUGCCUUAUGGAACUGAGGUGGACAUCUGGUCUCUUGGCAUCAUGGUGAUAGAAAUGAUAGACGGGGAGCCACCUUAUUUCAAUGAGCCACCUCUCCAGGCCAUGCGCAGAAUCCGAGACAACGUACCACCAAGAGUGAAGGAUCUACACAAGGUUUCAUCAGUUCUCCGUGGAUUUUUAGACUUGAUGCUGGUGAGGGAGCCUUCGCAGAGAGGAACAGCACAAGAACUCCUGAGACACCCAUUUCUGAAACUCGCUGGGCCUCCUUCUUGCAUAGUGCCUCUCAUGAGGCAGUACCGGCACCACUAAAUUCAGCUGCUUUUGUUUGUUUGUUUUCUGGGAAACAAGCGAAGCAAUGAAGUUGGGUGGUAACUGCCAAAUCAGCAGCAAGCAGUAGUGCGCACAGCCAGUGAGAAAUAAAUGUACUGCUGCUGACAUGGCUCGGCACAUCGUGAAGGAGACACAGUGAAGAUGUAUCUGGGCUUGGAAAUCUGACAUGUCGACCGUUAGUACUCCAGGGUAGAAAGCACCUUCCACGCUCGGUUAGGGCUUUUCAGCCUAAGUCAGAGCAAAAGGGUUUGGGGUCAGGCAGGAGGAACCAUUACCCCAAUGGAAGGCCAGACUUUUAUUUCAAAUCAAAGUAGAACAGCACUUCUGCUUCAGAAGAGACACUUUUUUUCUGAAUUUAAAAAACAAAACCCAAGAAGCACUUUUUAUCUCGGUUAUAGCAGUGUGAUGUAUUUUGAAAUGA